AUAGGCCUACUCUAUAACAAUGAUAGCGUCCGGAUCCUUCCGUCUAGUAUUUGUACUCACACGGACUAAACCAGAAGAACACCGUCAAACAGUCGGGAAACGGAUAUGAAGUCUCUCCACCGCGUUAGGUAUUCUGGGGUGCAAUGGACGACAGCAGCGCAGUGAAGCUCUUUGUUGGGAAUCUGGAUUUGGAAACCACACAAGAUGACCUAAUAGCACUUUUUGCCCCUUAUGGAGAAGUGGUGCACAUAACUGUACUGAGGCAGUUUGCCUUUGUCCAUCUGCAGGGAGAAGGGGCUGCUGACCGUGCCAUCCGUGAUCUGAAUGGUCGAGAGUACCGUGGCCGGAGCCUUGUAGUUGAGGAAUCCAAAGGGAGGCCUCUCAAUUCCACCAAAGUAUUUGUGGGGAACCUGUGCGCUUCCUGUUCAGUUGAAGACCUGUAUGAUCUCUUCUCGGCUUACGGCAAAGUUCUCGAUUGUGAUAAAGUAAAGACAAAGCCCUCCUCAUUUACAGGCUACGCCUUUGUGCACAUGGAGCGCAAAGAGGAUGCAGAACAAGCCAUUGAGGGUCUUCACGGGACCUCGUUUAUGGGGCGUCCACUUGCAGUGGAGCUCUCAAAAGUACAGCCGACCACAAACAAGGUCCCGUGUGCCAGCUGCGGGGCACAUGGCCACUUUGCAGGAGAAUGCCCGAUUAACAGGCCUUCAAUGGAGCACCACCAGAGUCAGGCUGCUGUCUUGGCUGCGGCCGCUGCCGCUGCUGCUGGACUUCCCCUUCAGGUGCAGCAGAGUGUCCACAACUCUUUCUACAACACUGCGAGCACUGACCCAACGUUUGCAGCUCUGAAAGACUUGACCACUUCCAGGGUUGAUGGCAAACCUGUCAGUGCUGCGGUCUACGGUGCCCUGGCGAGUCAAGUCUACAGUUCUGUCGCAGACCAGGUGAUGAACAGAAGCCAAGCUGCAGACGGCUACCCCACCGAAGGAGAGGCGCCGCCGGGCACUGCCGCCGUUAACCCUGCCUAUGGAGCAAAUUCCUCUUUGUACGGUGCCAAUCCAGCUUAUGGGACCAUGGGAGGCACAGAGCGUGACCCCCAAGCUGUCUUUGAAGCCGCUCGGGCCCGAUUCUUUGAGCAGGGACAGCAAGUGCUGGCUGAACAACAGGCAGUGACCAAAUCUGACCGAGACCGAAGUCCGAUACGGCGUUCGGCCCCAUUACUGCCUGAUCCAGUUCCCCAGCCGUUCUCUCAGACACGACCCAAACGACGGGCCCUGCUCCCAACACCUCCUGGUGGUCCAGAACUACCUGCAGUCAAAAAUGGAGACCCAAUUGCAAGGUGCUAUGCUGAGUACUACCAACAGUACCAACAGUACCAGCAGUACCAACAAUACCAGCAGUACCAGCAAUAUCAGCAGUACCAGUACAGCUAUCCACCACCACCGCCACCACCCCCUCCGAUGCCCAUGAUGCCUCCAGGCCCAAUGGAUGUGCAACAGAUGGCCGCCCCUGGCACAACUGCUUCACCAAGAGUGUAUGAGCCAACUUCAACACACAAGGAGCCCCUCCUACGCCGUCCUGAUUACCCUCAGCAACACACAUCUGAGUCCCCAUAUCGAUAACCCCCACCACCUCACGAGUGUGUGCACGCGUGUUUGGUUGUGAAAAUGUGUGCGUGUGUCAGUUUUGGUCCUACAUGACAAAAGAAACUGGAGGAAAGGGAUAAAUUGAAUUAUUACUGCUACAUCAAACCCAGAUAUUGUAGUAUCGCAGUCUUUCCCCCUCAUAAUGUUAAAUAUCUCAUUAUGUACAGAAUGUAGACGUUUACGAGGCCAUGAAAGUUUUGAUUCUGAGCUCCUCUCGGUUUAAGUUUUUUUGUUUUUGUUUUAGUUUUUCCCCCGAAGUGCUCAGAAUUACAUCAGCUCUCACUUUUAUAGAUAAAAUACUGUUUGACCAUUGUGUCGGGUCAAACAUUCUCUGAAGUCAAAUGUGACUGUGCCUUGUGAAAAUAAACCUUUUUUGUGUACAGACUUUUGUAAAACCAAGUAUUUCAGAUCAGGUACAGUUUUAUUAAAUUCAUGGUUCAACAAAGGAGCAAGUCUCAGCCAAAUAUCUUAAUCGAAAUUGUUGUGAAUAUAUUGUAUUUGGCCUGGACUGAUGUUAAAUUUCACAGCGACUAGGAAGACAGCAUAGUUUAGCUAGAAUGUACAGAGGACCUGUGUGAAGUCUGUGUGUGUGAGAGAGUGAGAACACAAUGUUAACUGAACCCAUAGCUUACACAUGAGCACCACAAUCAAAAACCUUCUUCGUAUAUUCAUAUUUGAGUGAGGGAGGGCGUUUGGGCAUAUAAAGGUGAAUCAUUACCAAACAAAUCCACAAACCUGUACUUAAAUGCUCUAACCACUGCCUCACUAGUGCAGAUGGUUAUACCUGCCCAGUUUCGACAACAUUAAAACUGAUAUUAAAAUCAUCUGUUGGAAAAGAGAGGGUAAGAAUAGAUUCAUUGCAAAAGGGACACACUUGUUUGUCACUCGAGAAGCUUAUACGUUGUACUAAAUGUUUUCCAUUCGGAUACCUUUACUGACUCUGAAUGAGUUCGCAAUGUCGUUGUUGCUAAAUAGCAAACAGAACUGGUUCUAUAGCCUGCCAGUAGCGAUUAUGCAUGUUUUUCAGGAUUUAAAGUGCAAACGACUGCCAUCUCUGGCUUUGCAUCCCUCUCUUACAUGGACAGAAUACUUGGGAGUAUUGACUUAUAUAAGUACGUCUGGAAACCCCUCAAAAGACCUUAAAAGAGAAUGAGGUUUUUACGUUCUUUUUGUUUUUUUUCUGAAAGUAGCCCCAUGCAAUUACUAUUAUGUUUCUCUGACCAUUUAUUUUGUUCACAUUUACAUUUAUCAUAGUCUCUUUAUCCUUAGAGUCAUGUGAAUUGAUUUCAGGGGCUUUGGGGUGGAAACACUUAGUUAUUUAGGGAUGGGAAGUGUAAAACCUGUUCGGGCCUGACAUAUAGCUAGUUAGAGCAAUUGGUUCUAAGAGUGAAAAAAAAACGUGAAGUGCUUCAUACAAUUGUAUUUUUUGUUCUUAAGGAAAAAAAUGUGUUGUCCCAGUUCAUGAGCAUUUUAGGCAAUUCAAUUAAACAUUCAUGUUAUGACAUUAUAAACUGAAAGUGUGUGAAUAAUUCAUCCAGGUUAAAGUCCAUGUAUCUAGUGUGUAAUGAUUGAAAUUGUAAGGUAUGAUUUAAUCAUGUUAUGUAUGUCCUCUUUUCCUAGAAUGCCCCUCAGGCAGUCUUCAGUCUUUCAUUCCAAAGAAAUAUGGUGGGGUACACACACAAAUCUCACUUAGCACAUGUAACCCAUAAUUUCACCACUCUACAUUCGACUUCAUCUCUUUACUUAAACUUCACAGGCAAACAUCCACUGUAGUGUUAAUGUUCUCAAUUUGAUGUGUGAUAGAAUGCAGAUGGAAAGGUGGUGGUGGUGUAGCUUUUUGCAGCACACCAGAGCUCCACACAAAUUAUUCUACACAGUAAAUUAUUUGAUCUGUUUUGUAUUAUUAUAAAUGGUACAUGUUUCUUGUUAUUAUUACUGCUGUUCCAGCCACAUUUUCCCUUUUCGCUAACUACAGCUAUAAUGGCUCCCGGGCCUCAGGACGCCAAGUUGAGCAUGACGGGGGAAGAGAAUUAGCGCCCCACAAUGCCUCGGACGUGCUCCCCACUAAGGUAAAGCCAUUUGCCCCCAACCACGCCUGCACCUCGAUUAUACACUUCCCCAUGAUUCGAGAUGGUCCUCACUGCAAAACACAAGAUCCAAGGGGCGUGGUUGGAUUCAGAUCCAACUCCUCCCAUCUUACAUAUACCUAAACCUACCUGUCUCCACCCCCUGAUCCCUAAACCUACCAAUCUCCACCCACUAGAUGUGGAUCCAACCACGUCCCCUGGAUCUUGUGUUCUGCAUUGAGGGGCUAAUGCAUGAUUCUUACACAGCUGUUUAGAGCAGCUCAGAUCAUGUCCACAUCAGUUUAUACUGACAAUAGAGUCAACACAAUGGGGAUGGCACUUGUUUUCUGCUAUGUGGUUGGAUCAGUGCCUAUUGAGGGGGAAUUAAUUUUUUUUAAUGGCCUGGAGCAGUAGAAUCACCUCUUUCAGCUUCCCAAAAUGCUCAUGGUUUGGUAUUUAAACAAACAAAACAAAGCUUUUCUACUUACUGCAUUGUUCAUAUUUAUAUACUGACACUUGGCUCCAAAUUCUCAUGAUAAAAGGUUUUUGUGCCUUUGAGGUUUGUAUUUCGCAGUAUGCUUUCAAGAUGACCUGGAAAUUAAUUUCCAAGUGUUUUUUUUUUUUAAACAAUUCGAGGGAAGAAUGGCUGACAUUUGCCUUGGCUUGUUCUCUGGCAUUUAGUCUUUUUGAAGCACUUCCAGUUGGCGAGAUGAGGCGCUUCAACUGUGCUUUGAGUACUUAAGAAGGGUGCAGAGAUGACGAAAAGUAGGGCAAUGGUCUUGUAGGUGAGUAACCAAUGCGUCCAGCUCACAUCCACCUCAACUUUAUGCCUACUGCCACAAUUUUAGCCUCACUAGAUCAUAGAUCCCACUGCAACACUCUGAUUUCAGUUUUCACUCUUAGAAAAGGGUUCAUCUGUUUUCCUGCCAAAUUUAGGCUUUUGACUAUUGUAGGGGUUAUUUUUUCUCCAUUCUUUUAGGGUAAGAAUUGAGCAUGAUUUUGUAUGUUCAUAAGCAGGAAGUAACAUCUUUUUCAGUUUAACCUAGGGACAGUCUGCUAUGAAUUUGUCAGAAAAAAAAUUGGUGAGUGUUUGUUAAAGGUAAGCCUAUUCAGUCACAUUGCUUAAAUCACGUUCCUGUCUAUAAUUAAAUUUUUUGAAAUCAGUUUUUUCAUUCCUCUAAUCUUCAACAAGGCUUUAACCUCAAAUCUCAUCUAAUUUUAGAAAUGAACACGCUUUACAAUUAUGCGUAUUGAUUUUCUGACUUGCUCAUAAUCUUCCAAUGAACUACAGCUUCAUCUCUAAUUUAGAGGUGCUUUUUGAAAAGUUGGACAGUGGAGCAUUACUUGUAGAUAAACUAUGAUUGUAGGUUAUCAAGAACUGAAAUACUCAGUGAUUCAGGGAUGUUCGAGUAUCAUUUAUCUUUUUUUUUCUAGGUCUGUAUGGGCAACUUUUAUUGUGGUUUAUGUAAUUGUCAGAGUCAGAGGGAUAUUAAUCCUAACGUUUUUUAUUUGCAAACUGGCUUUAGUGCCAUGAUAUUUGUAUUUUAUUCUUGUGAAGUUCAAUAAAUGAUGCUUAAAUCAUA